AGACCGAAGCAGCAGACAAAGUUUAAAGGAGCAAUUCAAGCAAACAAAGCUCAACACGGCGGCCGUAAACCGCCUUUCGACGGCGCGCCGAUUUACACCAUUUGUUCGUUUCUCUUUCUGUAUACUGAUGGAUUCGUCUUCUCAUCCUUCUUCUUCAUCCCGAAGUUCACGAAGACACGACCUCAAUCGCGAGAAGUUUCUACUGAGAGUAAUUUAUCCGGCGAUCCGAGGGGAAACCUGUCCAAUAUGUUUGAAAGAUCUUGAAGAUCAUCGAAGAGCUGCGGUUAUCACUGUUUGCCUGCACUCGUUCUGUUUGGGCUGCAUUCGCAAGUGGAGCGAUUUGAAGCGCAAAUGCCCUCUCUGCAACUCGGCUUUCGAUUCCUUGUUCUACAAGAUCAGUCUCUCGUCUCGGAACUUCCUGACUGAGAAAUUGCCACCUCUACGGGAGGGUAGAAGCGUCGUUGCGGAACCUGAAUUCAGUUUACGGCAACCAAUGAUACGAAGAAGUAGGCCAUUGCCGUGGCGGCGCACGUUUGGUCGGCCAGGGUCGCCGCGUGACGUUAUUGCCGAAAGGAAGCUUCAGUGGCGUGCUAGUGUGUACAAAAGAGGCUUGCAAGUUGUUCCUUUAUCUCCUGGGAAUUGUCCAGAGCAGAAUGUAUCAAGAAAUGGUCAUAUGAAAGAAAAAAUACAUCAGAGACUAGAGCCAUGGAUUCGGAGGGAGCUGCAGGCAAUCCUGGAGGACCCAGAUCCAUCUGUUAUUGUUCAUGUGGUCUCCUCACUUUUUAUUGCGAGGCUUGAAAAGUUUGUUGUUCAAAGAGGACAGCUUGGUGCUGAAGAUAACUUUCUUGCCCCUUUGCGUCCUUUUUUGCAUAAUUGGACCAACAUGUUUUGGCAUGAACUAAGUUGUUUUGCAGAAUCUUCACUUACCAUUGAAACAUAUGACGCAGUGGUUGAAUACAAACGUUCUGAUUGAAUCUACUUCAAUGUGGCUUCAAAACAUAUUAUAAGGGGGUUAGGGGUCAACCAUGGCGAGGAGAAUACAGAAACUUGUACAAUUUCUUAGUGUUUAAUUUUGGGUUGAUUUCUGGUGUUUGUUAGUGGCUUUUCAUUGUUUUGGAUCAUGUUUCCUUCCAUCCUGAGUAAAGCAAUCUGCAUAUUAGAGGAUGUUUCUGGUGCCAUAGGAGUGAUCCAAGCCAUCAUACAUUGCACAACCAAUUGACUUCACUUCCAUCGAAAUACAAAGGCUCAAGGAAAUGCCAUUGCAAAGGGAGAUGGCGGAAUCUCCAUUGUCUGAAAUUGCAAUUGCUGCUUGGGGAUCUUCGUCAGAAGGGGGUGUUACCUGAUGGGUUAACGAUCAAGAUCAUCUAACAGCUAGAGUUGCAUAAGAAGCAUUUUUGCCUUGUACCUUUCAAGCUGCCAUUUUUAAAGGACGAUGGAAUUAUUUGAAAUAUUCUUUCAAACUGAAAUUUUAUCAAGCAUUCUCAGUUCCCUGUUUGUAUGAAUAUUAUAUGGGCGGGCUUCUUUACCCAAUGCAAUAGAAAAGUUCAAAGAAA